AUGGGGUUUGCAAAUUCUCUCUGUUCUUUCUUUCUUCUUCUUCUAGCUCUAGUACUCUAUGUGGCCAAUGCACAGCCUCUGGUCCCUGCAAUGUUCAUAUUUGGAGACUCAGUUGUUGAUGCAGGCAACAACAAUCACCUCUACACCAUUGUAAAGGCAAACUUCCCUCCUUACGGUAGAGACUUUGUCAAUCACAAGCCAACUGGCAGAUUCUGCAAUGGCAAGCUUGCUUCAGACUUAACUGCUGAGAACCUAGGUUUCACUUCUUACCCACCAGCCUAUCUUAGCAGAAAAGCCAAAGGCAAGAACCUCCUGAUCGGUGCCAACUUUGCCUCUGCUGCUUCUGGUUACUAUGAAACUACAGCAAAGCUAUAUCAUGCAAUCCCAUUGAGUCAGCAAUUGCAGAACUACAAGGAUUACCAGAAUAAGAUAGUAGGAAUUGCAGGGAAAUCCAAUGCUUCGUCAAUCAUUUCUGGUGCCAUCUAUCUUGUUAGUGCUGGUAGCAGUGAUUUUAUUCAAAACUAUUACAUUAACCCUCUUCUCUACAAGGUCUACACUCCUGAUCAGUUCUCAGCUCUUCUCAUACAAUCCUAUACAAAUCUCAUCCAGGAUUUAUAUAAGCUGGGAGCAAGAAAAAUUGGAGUUACCUCAUUGCCACCACUUGGAUGCUUGCCAGCAGCUGUCACAUUAUUUGGGUCUGAUAGCAAUGAAUGUGUGGCCAAGUUAAACAAAGUUGCAGUUUCCUUCAACAACAAGCUCAAUGCCACAUCUCAAAGCCUGGUAAACAAGCUUUCGGGCCUCAAUUUGCUUGUUUUCGACAUCUAUCAACCUCUUCACGACCUUGUUACAAAGCCCGGUGAUUUUGGAUUUGCAGAGGCGAGAAAGGCUUGUUGUGGAACAGGAUUGGUAGAAACAUCAAUAUUAUGCAAUGCAAAGUCUCCAGGAACAUGUGCAAAUGCGUCUGAGUAUGUAUUCUGGGACGGUUUUCAUCCAUCGGAGGCAGCAAACCAAAUUUUAGCAGAUGAUUUGCUUACCAGUGGCAUCUCUCUCAUAGCCUUUGACCAGGCCUUGCAAAGGCCUGCUAGGGGUUGCAGCAUCUGUUGGCGGCCCACUCAAGCCUGGUCCGUUAAGAAGAAAAAAAAAUCUUACGAUUUCGUCAAGGAAAUUUUUGGGAUUGGGAAAGAAGAGUCGUCAGAAUCCACAGGUACAGCAGAUAAAGAUGGUGCUGGUGAAGAGGCUGACAACCAUACCGAAACCAGUGAUACUGCAAAAACAAUAUUUAUCAGAAAAAGGAGCAGAGAGGGAAGAGGAGGAAUUUUUGGGGAUCAGAAGAUGGAUUACAGUCUAGCAGCGCUUAAGCUACUGUGCGUCCAAUUGAAAGACGCCCGAGAAACUCCUUCUCAAAACGCCUUGACCCUCGGCGGCAUUCUCUUUCAACGCGCCUGGUUACAGGGCAUUUUGGUUUCCAACGACGGCGACGGCCGUCUCCUUCUCGAUGACGGCACUGGUGUUAUCGAGCUUUGCCUCUCUGGCGACUUCCGUCUCCGUCAGUGGGACUUGGGGAUGUAUGUAAUGGUAGUUGGAGGGUACUUUGUUCGAACGGGUGAGACCCCUAUAAUUAAGGUUCAUAAGAUGGUUGAUCUUUCAGCGUUUCCAGAUCGAGAAGCGACGUGGUAUCUUGAAGUUAUCGAGGCAUAUAAGCUCUUCUACCAGCCCUUAAUUGAAGAUUUUUUGCAGGCUGGAUAUUUAAGGGAAGGUCAACCCAUCACUAUAAUGCACCCUGGAAUUGGAUUGUUUUUGAACAAGCUGCCAGCAAAACUCCUGGGAGGGCACAAAUUCUUGCAUCAAUUAGAGCAUGCACUGAGGAUUUCUGCUGCGUUUCUACCUCAUGGGAUUCCUACAGACAUUGGCAGAUUAAUGGAUGUUGCACAAAACAGCAAUGUGGAAGAUGAACCAUUUCCUGAAGACUAG